GCCGGCGUGGUUGCAGAGUUUAGACCGAUAAAGAUUGACGGAGGAGAGAAAUCGGAAUCGGAAUCGGAAAUGCUGAGGGUAAAUCGAGGCAUAAGCCAAGCAAGAGCGACAAUUCUAACUUCUCAACAACUCGUCAAUCAUGAAGACAAACUAUUUUCUCUUCCUAUCCAACAUUCCGCUCGAAGAUCCUCGAAUCGUUUCCUCGACAUCUAUCAGCUUGGAAAUAAAGAAGCAAUUAAGAAAGAGCGGGACAGAAUCACCGAUGAGAUGAAUAGAGGAUAUUUCGCGGACAUUUCAGAACUCAAGCAACAUGGUGGUAAGCUUGCAGUGGCAAAUAAAAUUAUAAUUCCAGCAAUGGCAGCCGUGAAGUUUCCACAAUUGGAAGUGACCUACUCAGAUGGUAGAACCUUAAAGUUGCCCAAUACUUUUAAUGAGGGUGUCAUUGGUGCUAACAAGUUGGCUACCCCUAAAGCAUCUUUAAUUUGUCUCACAUUUAGAGCAAACUCUCAGGCAAUGAUAGAUUCUUGGAGCACACCUUUUCGCGAAGCCUUUAGCGAGUCCAAGGAUGUUCAGCUAUAUGAAGUGUCAUUUAUAGACUCAUGGCUCUUGUGCCGGAAUCCAAUUAAAAGUCUGCUUCUUCGAGUUAUGAGAAAAUCUAAGGAUGGAAGGAAUGAUGGACUUCAGAGGCAGAUUGUUUAUUCGUUUGGUGACCAUUAUUACUUCAGAAAAGAACUUAAGAUACUAAACCUUCUCACCGGAUACAAUUUCCUGCUCGACAAUUUUGGCAGAGUAAGAUGGCAAGGCUUUGGUUUGGCAACACAGGACGAAUUAACAUCACUUAUUUCUUGUACACAUCUUCUUCUGGAGGGAGAAAAAAUGAAAAAUAAGGCAGCCUAGCAUAUCAUACAACCUGGUGCUUUCGCUGAUCAAUUGCUGCUGUUAAAAGAUACAGUUUCUGAAAAGAAAUAAAUUUUGUGUUUGAUUAGUGAGGAUAUUGCAGUAGCAAUCAUUCUACCACUUGUUCAUUUCACUUUCAAUUUCAUUUUCUGGAAGUUGAUACCUAUCACAUUCUUCCUUCUUUAACUGUUGGACUAUAGGAGGCAAGUUUUCGUUGUAGAAUACUAGGGUAUCAUGACUGAUGUAAUCUCAUGUUUGGCAAUUCUACGUAUGUGUAGAGUUGAAUGAAUUAUAUCUUUCUCAUUGAUGUUUCCUAUUGAAAAUUUGUCUUCUUAGACAUUGAGGAGCAAGUGUUGGUCACUUCAAUCUAGUUGAGGUAGGUUCUUCUUCUUCUUCACUAAAAGUUAAAUUACUUCAAAGCUCCAUUGUGGGCUUGUGGCUCCACCAUCCUCGGUGCGGCCUCAUGACAAGCCCUAAGUGGGAGAAUGUGGGUAUUUUUUUACUUUUAGUGAAUGUGCCACCUGCAAACUCUGACAAAUGCCGCACCAUGGAACAUACUUGGAAUCGCCAUUCUUUUGCUGGUAUUGCUUUUAGUCAGCGUUGUGGCAGACAUUGCCAUUGCUAGCCUGUUGGAGGCGGAUGUGACAGUUCGGCCCUUCUGAAUGUUGUGAGUAUAAAAUUUUUUACGACCA